AUGACUAACUCAUAUAGUAGACGUUGGAAUGGUAUCAAAGACGCAGUGCAUCCGUUAUCACGAACUGCACAUUCGGCAGUUUCACAUGGACGAUAUAUUUAUGUCCUUAAUGGAUAUGGUCCUCAUGAUAAUAAGAUGGUUCUCAUGGAUCAAGCCGGUUUAACACGAUUUGAUAUCUUAACAAAUUGUGUAGAAUUGCUGCCUAUUCAUUGGGAUAUAAAAUCACUACAAUAUCAUAUGUUUAAUGAAUCCAUCUUGUUAACAUCUGGAGGCAGUGCUGUCAUUGUCAACGAUACAGAACCUGCAUGUAUUUAUACAUUUGGUGGAUAUUCUGCCCUUGGAAAUAUUCAUGUGAAUGCAUUAUGUCGAAUUGAAUUAGGCGGCUCUAAUUUAUCCACAGGUUGUAAGAAAUCAAAUAAUAAAAAUGUAAAACAAUUUUCAAAUGAUUCAAAAGAAUUUCGAUCACACGAUUGUUAUUGUUGUUGUCAGGCCUCAGUGAUAAGUGGACAUGGUAUUCUAAGUUGUUUAUCUUAUCUUUCACAAGACAAUGCUCUGCAUCAAUGCCUUACUUUAACAAUGCUAAAAUCAUUUCAACGAAAAUUAGAAUAUUAUCAUCAUCAUCAUCAACAAGUUGAUAAAAUACAUAAAAAUGAUCAUUGUCAUCAAUUGGUCCCAUCUCCUCGUGAUAAAUUAUGCAUGGAAUAUUGGCAUGGUAGGCUGUAUGCAUUCGGUGGUUAUGGGCCAAAUUUUAUACCAUCAUCUACCUGGCCUAACGAUCUAUUCCAUUGGCCGUAUUUACACGACCCAAAUGAUACAAGUAAUUGGAUUAUGUGUGAUGCUAACGGUGGUUGGAAUAGUCAACUGCUGGUUUAUGAUCUACAAAAAAAUUCUUGGAAAUUAAUUAAACAAUCGGAUGUGACUGGUUGUUUUCCAUCACCACGUGCAGCUCAUUCGUCUACUCUCCUACCAAAUCAUGGUUGGAUGAUUAUAUUCGGUGGACGUGGUCCAACAGCUAAUCAUCGACAAGAACAAUUCCACCAUCAACAAUCCCACGAUUUUGAUAUGGGUCGAUUAAAUGAUAUGUAUUGUUUAGAUUUAAAUAUUAUGCAAUGGACAAGAAUUUUAACUCCAUUGGAUAUACCCUACCUGGGCAGGAAUUCUUUGCUGACACCACCACCACAACCACAUGUGGUGUCUACAAGUAUUUGGCCAUGUGGUAGAUCAUGGAUGGAUAUGACAGUGAUACAUGAAUCAUCGCCAGCAUUAUUGAUGGAUGAUGAUUCUGUAUGCAAUGUCUGUUAUUAUCAUAAUGAUGAUGGUGAGGAUGGUGAUGUAGGCGGUGAUGAUCCAGUCAACAGAACAGCAACAGCUCAAUUAUUUCUUCUUGGUGGUUGGUCAAAUCUCAAUGAAGCUUUAAAUGAUGCCUAUCUAAUAGAUAUUCAUUUUUGUAGAAAGCAUAAAUCCAUAGAGGCUAAGAUAGCCAAUUCUACAAAGAAGACGUAUACAAGUCAAAGGAGGAGUACUUCUAGCAACUCUACUACUACCACUACUACAAAUACAACAAAUUGUCAUGAUCAAGACAUUUCAAACACGUCUACCUCUUUUAUUCAAUCAAUACAUGAUUGUAAUAGUCAACCAGCAGUUGUCGAUGGUUUUAAAUGUUUAAAUAAUAAUAAUAAUAAUGAGUUUAGUAAUUAUUCAGCUUAUCAUGAAUGCACUAAAUUAUUUGUAACGCCUGAAGGUGAAGUCUUAUCAAAUGAAACCUACUACAUAUCUCUGAUUGAAUCACUUUAUUCCUGUUCAGUGUCUUCUUCCUCUUCUUCUACUACUGAUUUGCUCAAGGCAAGCAGUAUAAGUAGUAGUAAUAAUAACGAUGGUCCAAUUACCAAUGAAAUCGAUUAUCUAAAACUUUUUCUACACGAUAUAAACUAUCAUUUAUUUGUUUAUCAAAAGUUGUCUUUCAAUGUCAUCAACAAGGCGGGGAAAUUGGACAACAACGGGAACAACAACAACAAUAACGAGACAAUAAAUCAUCCAAAAAGUGUACUUUAUCGUAUCGCUUUAAUGCAUACUAUGUUUAUACAAUAUCUUGUAAAAAAUUAUUGUCGGUAUACUAUACUGUCUUCAUCUUCGUCGUGCUCGUUGUCGUCGACCUCUUCACCAUCAUCGUCUUUGGCAGGAGAAGAAGAAUGCUUUCCUUGUAGUCGAUUGAUAGAGAUAGUGAAUCAGCUGUGUGCAAAUUGUUAUGAAUCUCUACAUCAUCAAGGACAACAACAGCAGGAGCAGCAGCAGACUGUAGCAUUCAGUUUAAUCAUCAUGAUAGGCAUUCUGUUGAAAUUUAUGCUCCCCUGGCAAAUAUUUCAUAUGUUAUUACAAGAAGGAGAAGAAGAAGGCGACAAUCAUUCCUGGUGGUUACCAAAUCAAACGAGUAAAUAUUUAAUUAAAGCUUUAAUCACUCGAUGUGGUGUUUGUGAAUAUUCCCCGGAAAGAUCCCCCUUACCAUGGUUAUUGACAACUUCGUCGUCGGUAUCGUGGGCAGCGGCAUUAUCGUAUUCUAAGAGGAUGAAAGUUUAUUCACUAGAUUUUAAUAAUCCCAUAUUAAUUAAUAAGUUUAUCUCAUUGCUUCCAAUACAUAUGAUCAUUAUGCCUACAGAACAAUUGGCACAGAUCUAUGAACAAUUUACACAGAAUUUUAUGCAUGAUCGUUUUGUAUAUGACUUAUCAGAGAUAAUUCAAUCCACGUACGAGAAAUUAUCUUUUCUAUCAGAAAUAAUAACCAGAAAAUAUUCACUUUUAUCACAAUCAUUCCCCUUAUCAACAUCAUUCACAAAGUGUGAACCUAUUCAUCGUCAUUGGCAUAGAGUUACACUUGGUUUAAAUGGUAUUGUAUAUGCUAUAGGUGGUACAACUAUCGAAGCGUUGAAUACACCAAUUGAAUGUUAUUUUUUUAAUCCACCCGCGGGUAGUUUAAAAAUUCAAUGUUUUACAAAAAUAACAAAAAUGCUUCUAUCCAGUGUAUUUUAUGCAAUACAAAAGAAUUUAUCCAUAGAAAAAGAAGAAAUGAGGAGUAAUAAUAGUGAUGACGAGGAGACAGUGAUGAUAAGCAGAAGAAAGAGUAGUGGAGAGAUGCGGCACCAUCGUCGUCGUCAACCACUGAAAUUCUAUGAGUGUAUUAAAACAUUGACAAGUUCUCACUAUUAUCCAGUUGAUUUAACAGAUGAUGGCAAUUGUCUUCUCAAAUUUUUAGAGGAAAGUUUAAGCGGAUUAUUGAAUAAUGAUGUGAGAAAAUGUUUAUUGGAACAAUGGUUGUUAUGA